AUGGGGGCGGCCCUGGCGGCGGGAGGCGGCCGGGCCCGCUCGGCCUCCGUGGGGGUGCGGGGCCUGGCCCAGUCCCGCCCGCAGCCGCAGCCGGCGGCGCAGGCGCGGGAGCCGUGCGGGUCCCCGGGCGCGGGUCGGCGGACCGUGCGGCGCUUCCCCGCCGCCCCGGAGCUGGCGCGGACCGUGGUGCGGACCCUGCGCCUGCGCCCCGACCGCGGGACCGUAGUCUUCGAGUGCGGCCCGGGUCCUGGCAUCUUGACCCGUGCAUUACUCCAAGCUGGGGCUCGAGUGGUAGCGCUUGAAAGUGACGCAGCGUUUCUCCCCCAUCUGCAGUCUUUAAAGAACAAUCUAGAUGGACAACUAGAAGUGGUCCAUUGUGAUUUCUUCGCCCUGGACAGUAACAGUGAGAACCUGAAACCCCCCGCAAUGCUGUCAGAGCAUCUCUUUGAAGGCUUGGGAAUCCGAGAGGUUCCCUGGACAGCAGAUAUUCCUGUCAAAAUAAUUGGAUUCUUACCCUCGAAAAAAGAACCUCAUGCACUUUGGAGACUUAUAUACAGCCUCUAUCAGCGUCUUUCUGUAUAUAGUUAUGGGCGGAUAGAACUGAACAUGUUUCUUAGUGAAAAAGAAUACACGAAACUGGUUUCAAAACCUGAUGAAAAGAAGUACCAAGCACUAAGUGUACUGUGGCAAAUUGCUUGUGAUAUUGAACUUUUGCACAUGGAACCUUUAUCAUCAUUUGUAAUGAACUCCAGAAAUUGUGAACCGCCAAAAUCUAAGGUGGAAUUGCCAAGUAACUUGUGUUUGGUGAAAAUGACUCCUCGGAAGGACUUAUUUUCAGAAAACCUAACACCUGUAAACUCAAGGUUUUUUUUUCAUUUGGUGAAACAGAGUUUUGUGAAACGCAAGUUUAAAUUAAUGGACAACUUAAACAUAUGGAAUCCUUUCGACGGAGAGGAUAUACUGAGACGGUUAAAGAGACAAGAAGAUGAUACUUUCAGCAGCUUGUCCCCGCAUGAGUUCAAAUACCUUUUUGAAGCCAUGGACAGUUCCCAAUCAUUUUCCCAGAUGUGGCUAUUUGAAAAUGUAGAGCAACUAACCUCUAAAUCCUAAAGAAUUGAAUGCCUGAAGCCCUUUCUGUACUUUGUGGAGUACAUUAUGAUGCAAAUGAAAAAUUGGCACCCAUUCAGCAGAGGAUCUACAUUUUAGCUCUACAGAGAUCUGAAGGAUCAGUGCAUCCUGAGAGCUCACUUCAAAAAACAACAACAAACAGUUGCUGCUAUUAGUUUGAGAUGUUUCGUUGGCAGAAAAUCAAGCAUUGGACAAUUUUGUUCUAAUUGAAAAAUUAGCAGGCAUCUGUUGUCUGUGUUGGUGUGGUUUGUAAAUAGAAAAUAUCCCGAGAUAAACACAGAUUAAUUUAAAAUAAACAAACCCAAAGUGAAUGUUUUAAGAUUUUACAAUCUUGAUUACAUCAUUUCUGUUUUGGUUGGACAGAAAUUGUUGACAAACUUGUAAGCCCUUUUACAAGUUUGUUUUUACCCUUCAGUUAGCCAGGUUGCUGUGCAAACAUGGUAAGAUGACAUUUAAGUUUUAUUUCACUUUUGAAAUAUUAAAAUUAUUUUUUAACUAUC